AUGAGAGCCGUCCAGUUCAGUGAGACCGGAGCUUCGAGUGUCCUCCAAGUCGUCGACAUCCCCAAGCCUAUCGCCAAGCCCCACGAGGUGCUCAUCAAGGUCGAGUACGCAGGCGUCAACUUCGUCGACACGUACUUGCGCUCCGGGCUCUACGCAACGGCCCUGCCGUCGACCGUGGGCCGCGAGGGCGCCGGAGUCCUCGAGCAGGUCGGCAGCGCUGUUCCUCCGGAGUACGGCCUGCAAGCCGGUGACAAGGUCGCGGUGUUCGCGCCGGGCUCGACCGCCGAGUACAUGACGGCGGACGCGAAGACGGUGCUCAAGCUGCCGGCGAACGUCUCGACGCGCGAGGGUGCCGCCAUCGUGCUGCAGGGCCUGACGGCGUGGACGCUGGCCCGUGACGCGCACGAUCUCAAGGCCGGCGAGGUGGCGCUCGUGCAGGCGGCGGCAGGAGGCACGGGCGGGCUGCUGGUGCAGAUGUGCAAGGCACUCGGGGCGACGGUCAUUGGGACGACGUCGACGCCUGAGAAGGUCGAGGUUGCAAAGGGGCACGGAUGUGACUACGUAAUUAAUUAUUCGACACACAAUGUCGAGGAGGAAGUCCUGAAGAUUACAGAGGGACAGGGCUGCCAUGCUGUGUUCUCGGGCAUUGGCAAGGAUACUUUCCAGACAGACAUGAGCCUCACUAGGAGGAAGGGCACGUUCGUCACGUUUGGCAACUCGAGCGGCGCCAUUGAUGCCGUCAAGCCGCUGGAUCUGAGCAAGAAGAACAUCAAAUUGGUGCGGCCGACGCUGGCCAACUACAUUACCACUCGGGAAGAGUUUGUGACGAGAAGCACAGAGCUCAUGGACCUGGUGGCAAAGGGGACGGUCAAGGUCAACAUUGGCGGCGAGUACAGCUUGGCCGAGGUGGCCAUGGCACAGGAUGAUUUGGUGAGCAAGAAGACGGUGGGCAAGCUCGUUGUCAAGAUAUAG